AUGAUGCCGACAUUCGAGCUGAGUGUGGCCUUCGUCCUCGUUGUAUGCAUCUUCCACGGGAGGACGACAUGGGCAGAUGCCAUGGCAUUGGCUGCGCAGUGGUCACAUCCGCGGCAGAUGCUGUCCACUUCCGGAGCUUCCAACAACGGUGCCUUGGAAAAACGGGUUGAUGCGGGCAUGGACCGAGUCAGAGAGGAAAGCUACGUGAUGACGGCCCGGCUGGCACAGCAUGUCAACUUCGUUGCUCUGGUGUCCAUGCCUUUCGCUUACAAAGGCGAAGGCAUCAAACUUGCAGGCAUGAUGCUCAUUACCAUCUUUCUCUACCUCUUUCACUUGCUGCUUGCGGCCCGACGGAUUCGUUUUUCAGGGCAGGGUUUGAGACAUUAUUUCGGGUUCGCCUACCUUAUCCUCAUUGGUGCUCCUUGGCUGGUUCCAGUGAACGCUAGCCAGUCAGCUGCGCACAUGAAAAUGAUGGAAGCUUCUCAGUUCAUCUCAAUAAUGGUCUUCUUGGACAGCAGAGUCCACAUUCCUGGGCAAGUCGUGGUGUGCCUGUCGGAGAUAUGUCGUCACGUUGUGCACAAUGGCUGGGAUGAAACAUCCCUUCCUCACACGGUCUGUGCACAGCUGGUAUUUUCCGGUCUCCUCAUCACGGCCUCCAUCUCGGCGGAGUCUCAGCUUCGCGGGCGCUUGUCAGCGCAACUUCAGAUCGCAGAUGCAGAGUCCUUGGUCUCAAGCUUCCGCAUGCUUCUUCGAGGCAUCUCGGACGCUGAGCUGCUCCUGAAUGGCAAUUUCGAGAUCCAAGCGGGCACGGGGCUGGACCGCAUUCUCCUGUCAGGCAAGAAGACUUGGGAAGGCUCCUUCUUUCAAGAUUUGCUGGCCCCAGACAUCGAGGAGAAGGAGCGUUUCCUGAAGUUCAUGUCCAGGCAGGACGUGGACCUGCAGUCGGCGACACGGAUGGGGGGGACUCCGCCCUGCCUCCGUGUGUCUCUUGCCUCCUCACGUCAACAGCGUGUGGGCGUGGACAUCUUCCACGUGUUGGUGCCAGAUUUGUAUGGAUGUGCAAAUGCUUUCCACCUGCUUGCCGUAAAGGUGGAUGCGGAAUCAACAACAGUGCCGGAGGCGGCACCAGCACGGUUUUCCAUGCCCACGAGGCAUGCCUUUCUCCCCGCCGCCCGUCCUAGCUCCCUGCCAUCAUCUCGGCGUUCAGUGGCUUCCGACGAGCCAUCCUGGCUCCGGAGCCCAGAACACCUGCAUGAGCUCGUGUUGGUCGUGGACCCGCAAUGGCAAGAGCUACUUCAGGUGCACAUGCAGUACAAGGAGCGCCAAGCAGGCUCUGGCCUGCGAGCCAUGAGGCCCACAUUGCAGCAGCUCGUGCGGCCGACGGACUGGCCAACUGUGAGUUCCAAUCUUCGCCACUACGUGUUGCAAGCAAGGCAGGGUGACUUGAACGCGACCAGAUUGGGCACGUUGUGGAUCAGGACGUUGAACGACUCAUCCAAGUACAUGCAGGCAACCCAAACCACGAUGUCCUUCAAAGAUGGCGAGGGCAGAGGCCCGAGCGGACAGGUAUGGCUACAUCUGCGUGGCUUCCAGCAUCUAAAGACACCUCCAGCACCCAGCGAUUUGGAUGAAGUCAGCGAAAUCGCAAGCGAACACGCAGAAGAACUGGCGUGA